AUGUCCAGGUCGAAACCAAACAUCCUUGUGACCGGUACACCUGGCGUGGGAAAGACGACAUUUUGUGAGGCAUUGGCCGGCUCCACCGAGCUAGAGCAUUUGGAGGUCAGCAAAAUGGUUCGGGAGAAGAGGUUGUACAAAGAAUGGGACGAUGAAUUGGACUGCAGUAUCUUCGACGAAGAGAUGGUCUUCGAUGCUCUGGAGCCGUUGCUGGAGGAAGGAGGCCGCCUGGUCGACUUCCACUCCUCGGCGUUCUUGGAUGAGGGCUUGCUGGACCUCGUUGUAGUGCUGCGUGCAGAUACUAGUACUUUGUACGACCGCCUUGAACGAAGACAUUAUCCUGAAAGCAAAGUGAAGCAGAACGUCGAGGCAGAGAUCUUUCAGACCUGUCUGGAUGAAGCCCGUGAGGCGUUUGAAGAUACGGAUCUGAAGAUCUGGGAACUGCCGAACGACACCGAGGAGCACAUGCAGGAGGCUUUAGAGCGCGUGCAGGAGUUUGUGCAGAGCUACCUGCCGGGGUGA